AAUUAAUUUUACCCCAUGAUAUAUGAUUUCCUCAAUUUAUUUAUUAUCAUUUGAACCAUUUUCCGAAACCCACUCUGUCUGUCUUCCAAGGAAUGUUUGAAGCUUUAAAAUUCGCAGCUAUCCCGGAUUACGAUAUUUUUUUUCGCUUUCCGACGAUGAUGCUGUUGUUUGUCUUCGAAGCAUUUGCUUGACUGUAAAUGCCCAUGAAGGAAGGCAAAAUUUUUUAAUUCUAGGGCUUUAUUGCAGUUCUGAUCGAGUCUGUCGUCCAACACACUUGCUGCGAUGGAAACCUUCGGUUGUUCUGCUCUGAACAAGAAAUUACCAGAAGUCGUGGUCUAUCAUCUAAUCUUCUGAGAGGUGUGACGAGAUAUAGUAAACCUGAGGAUAUGGGAUGCCUUUUAUCUACGCCAAAAGAUGCUGGUGGAAUAAGAAGGCGGCCUGGAAACAUUGGGGAAGUUUCUGUCUUUGUUCCUGGAUUACGCAUCCCUAAGCCUGUUGAUUUCUCCCAGCCACUUGGUGAGUACUUGUCGAAGAGUUUAGUUGAGCGCCUGUCAGCUCUUAGAACUCGAAUAGUUGUCAUGGCUGGCCAAGAAGCUCCGAUGAUUACAAGAACAAGAAGGAAAACUGCUACUCAACAUGGAGGUUCACCAUUGUCAGAUCUUCUGCAGGCUCUUGAAGAUUAUUUGCCAGUUUUGUUGGGACUAGUCAAAGACGGAAGCCACCUACAAUACAAGGUACAAUUUGUAUGGGUUAAUCAGGAGGAUGAUGCAGAGGAAUCAGCCAUCUGUAAUUGUUGGUAUGAGGUAUUGUCUAUUUUGCACUUGAUGGCUAUGAUAUCAUUAUCACAGGCCAACUUGUUGCUUCUUCCAAAGACAUCUGCGGAUGGUUACCAGGCGAGAGUAUCGGAAGAAAGCAGGCGAGCUUCCAUUGACAUCUUCUUGAAGGCAGCUGGAUACUUGGAUUGUGCUGUUCGACAUAUUCUUCCACAGUUGCCAGCUGACCUCAGGAGAGAUCUGCCAGUAGACUUAACUGAAGGAGUUCUACGAGCCCAUUGCUUGCAAGCAUUGGGGCAGUGUAAUGAUAUCCAACUUGGAAUGGCAAUCGAUAGCACCAAGGCAACGCUUGCAGUGAAACGAAGGCUUGCAUGUGAGAUGGUGAAGUACUGGCAGCAGGCUCAAGAUAACAUUAUGAACCUUCCAUUGGCAAAUGGCUGGGGAGAAAAGCAUAGGCUCUUCAUAAAGUGGAAAUAUGUUGAAGCAAAGGCUGCAGCAUACUAUUAUCAUGGUUUGAUCCUUGACGAAGGGAACACAGAGAAAUCCCAUGGGAUGGCUGUAGCUGCUUUACAGGCAGCUGAUGAGUAUCUCAAGGAAAGUAAGAAAAUGUGUGAGGCUUUCAACAUGGCUCCUCCUUUGUCAAAAAAUCCACCACUGUGGGGAACCAUGAAAUAUCUUACUGAGAAGAUUCCAAAAGAUGCUUCUAGCAAGGUGCGAAUCAAUCGAGAUCUGUACUCUCACGAGAGAAUUAUGGAGACAGCACCGACUUUGCCUGAUUUUGCAUUGGCAUUAAAGCCUGAUGAAUAUCAACUUCCUCCUGUGCACAUCUCAUGGAAUGAGAGAACAUGAAGGGCAUUUUGGUCCACCUAACUUCAAUUUGAUGGAACAUAAGCAAUUCAUGAUCAUUUGCAGAUUGCAAUAUUGCAGAGACGGCAUGCAAAGUAGAACAGAAUUCGCCAUCAUUACUGGAUGGACUAUUCUCCAAUUGUGUCUACUGAAGGUCCAUGUCAGUUGUUCUCUUCUUCAUUUCCCUAUUUCUCUGGGUCCUGUCAGCAUAAUUUUGCUCACCCUGUAAUGGAGCAUCUGUGCAAUCCAUCGUGUGUAAAUUGAUGCUUUCUUUGCCUAAUUUCCAAUAAUGUAUUCGCCUGUUACAGUUCAUUGAAGUGAGAGCAGAACUCUGCAUUUGCUUGAUAUUUAAGCUUUGUAAAAGUUCUCAUUCUGUACUACUGCAAGAAAGGAUGAUCCUAAUUUGCCGGUUCAUCCCAUUUGUAUGCUUAGUGCAGCUGCUAAAGCUGCUUCAAAUAA